AUGAAUCCCCACACCCCACUGAAUCCCCACAUCCCACUGUAUCCCCACACCCCACUGAAUCCCCACACCCCACUGAAUCCCCACACCCACUGUAUCCCCACAUCCCACUCCCACACCCCAAUGAAUCCCCACAUCCCACUGUAUCCCCACACCCCACUGAAUCCCCACACCCCACUG